UUAUGUAUUACUGGAAUGUAGGCAAUGAUCACAACAUGGCUACAGGUGGAUUGAAAAGAAAAAACGACUCUGAUAAUGACGUUAAAGCAAAGAAACCAAAUAAUUUUUGGAAAGGAGGGCUUCUCAGUUCCAUGAAUGACCCCGAUCUCCAAGUUUUUUCGGACGAAAAAAUAACUGUCAUCAAAGAUAAAUAUCCAAAAGCAAAGUAUCAUUUCCUUAUUAUGUCAAAAAAGAACAUUCCUAAUUUAAAAAGUCUAAAGAAAGAAGAUAUUGAUUUAUUGAAAUAUAUGGAAGAGAAAGGAAGAGAAUUAGCAAAAAGUUCUGAUGCAGAAAGACAGUUUAGAUAUGGAUACCAUAGUAUACCCAGUAUGAGCCAUUUACAUCUACAUGUGAUAAGUCAAGAUUUUGAUAGCCCUUGCCUGAAGAAUAAGAAACAUUGGAACUCUUUUACUACAGAAUAUUUUGUAGAUUCAAAAGAUAUAAUAAAAACUCUAGAGAAGACUGGAAAGGUAGAACAUGAAUCCUCACACUUUACAUCCCUGCUGAAAUCUGAACUCAGAUGCCAUGUUUGUAAGAAAGAGAUAAAGACAAUACCUGCACUAAAAACCCAUAUACAGCAGCAUAGUUACAAAACAAGAGAUACAUAACAUUAAUUUUCAUGUGGCAUAAUGAAUGAGAUAAUUUGAUACAUGUGCAUUGAAAUUCAUAAUCAUUAUCUAAAAAAAUGAGAGUUCUUUGCAGUAGUAUUACUUUCUUUACACAUGUGCAGAUUAUAGGUGUGGCUGUAUCAAACUUAUGUUAAUAAGAAAUGAAGACAUCAUUUUACAUCAGGACUGUCAGUCAAGCUUGCAUUUGAAUGCACUUUAAGAAAGAAAACACAUUUUGCUAAAUAUCUAUGACCUUUUUUUCUUUGUCAUCUAGAUUUUUCUUACAAAUGAGAAAUAAGUUCUGGACAAUGUUUUAAAAGAAUACCAUAUAUACAAUGAAGGAUAUAUACAUAAAAAAUGUUUAUAUAUUCUUGUACCAUAUUUAUUGAUAUUUGUUUUGUAAAUAAAGAAAAAAAUUAAUGUAACUUGAUUACUAUUCUCAUUGGUAUUUUUUUGCCCCAUACAUUAAGCAAGUAGGACACCAUAAAUUUUGAAAGUCAAUACUAUAUAUGAACCACCUUAUACUAUGAUACCUGCACAUUCUUCCAUCAUAUUGUAUCAGAUAUUCCAGUACCAAUGCCAUGAGACAUGAUUUCAAUACGUUUGUAUCUCUAUCUUCUGUAUAACUUAUAUUAAACAGUUCGUUGAAUUAUUUCUGACCUGAUGUUUUAGUGGAUGUUCUUCUUUGUACAUUUGUUAUUUCAGAGAAGGAACUAUAGAUUGGUUUAACCUG